UUGACCAGUAACUUCUGGGCGUUGAAAAAGGUUCGUCACAUUGUUACCUCAGCCAGACUGUAAUUCUCACAUCUCCAAUAACAAUGACAACAUAACAGAGAGAAGGGAUAUCAGACCAUGCAGGUUUACGCGACACUUUCUUGUUUAAAAUUACUGCAUACAUCCCAUGGUUAGAAAAGCCCUGUAUUUGUUUAUGCUACUGUUGAAGAAUAGAAUACUCAUCAGUGUGUGCAAUUAUCUAUAAGUAUAAUGAAAGUAGUUCAACAUAGUUCCCUCUGACUCCAGUGUUGUUUUCUUGCAUGGAAAUAUCAUGGAAAUAUUUGGAUCCAUUCAUCAAGACAGUCUACGUAACGUUUGUAAAGUGAUGCGUCGCUUGAAUUAGCAUACCAGUCAAGUGCGUUCUUGUCUACUAAUCGUCAGCCCCUUCGCCUGAAAUGCACGAAUUACACCGGAAAUACUUUUAAUUUGAAAGCGCAAACCAGAAGCGUACUUUUACAUCGCCACAAAACUUGAUGCUUCUGCUUGGCGUCAUGGUCUUGGCUUGGACCCCAGCCGAAACCGGACUAAGACCCCUUUGACACCCCCUGGUGGGGAGGACUGGAUCACAAUGCCGUACGUGGACCGACAGAAACGCACUUGCGGUUUCUUGGAUGUAGAGGAAGUUGAAAACAGUGGGAGAUUCCUGAGGCGCUACUUCAUCCUCAACACACAGGAGGGGGCGCUGAUGUGGUUCAUGGACAACCCUCAGAAUCUUCCUCAAGGCACAGCGCAUGUUGGAUCACUCAAUCUUUCGUACAUCUCCAUGGUCAGUGAUGCCUCUAAACUGCGGCCAAAAGCAGAGUUCUGUUUUGUCAUCAAUGCAGCUGGGAGGAAGUUCUUUCUCCAAGCAGAUGAUCAGCAGGACCUUGUGGAAUGGAUUGCUGUGCUCAACAGUGCUACGAAGAUCACGGUACCAAAAGUGGGCGAUGGUGCAGUCGGUGCAUCUGAGUCUCAGCAGGAUCCAGGAUCUGUAAUGCAAGGAUCCUACAAGACUGAGAUAGUCGGCGGAGUCCCCAUUACCACCUGCACACAGGCGUCAGGAGAGGGCCAGACUGAACCAGCAUCGAACAGCUCAUGGCGGAACCAGAACCAGUUGCCAUACUUUCUUUCCAGAGAAGUUCAGAACCAGUCUAUGAUUAAGGCUGGCUACUGUGUCAAACAAGGAGCUGUGAUGAAAACCUGGAAGAGAAGAUACUUCGUACUGGAGCAGAACUCUCUCAGUUACUACAAGUCAGACCUGGAGCGAGAGCCUCUGAGGGUGAUCCCGCUGAAGGACGUCCAGAAUGUCCAGGAGGGGACACAUAGUGACAACAUGGCGCGGGACAAUCUAUUUGAACUGGUUACCUCAUCCAGAACCUUCUACAUCCAGACGGACAGUCCAGAGGAAACUGCCAAAUGGAUCAGCUCCAUCACUGCAGCGGUUGCAGCUCAAAGAGGUUUGGAUUCUGAAAACAAUGAUGUCUCCUACCAGGUCUCUGACGAACUUCAUCACUCAGAGUCCUCUGUCAGAUCUGGUUCUGGACUUCAGUCCUCCAACUCAGCUGCUCCAUCCUCGGCCGUGAGCACUCAAGGCCCUGGAGAGUGUCAGGAAGUCAAAGCACCAGGCAGACACCACAAGGAUGAUGGUCCGCACCAGGAUAGUCCUGACCUGCAGAUGACCCUGAUGUGAUGGGAUAUUCUUCAGACCCAAAAUGUUGUAUUGGUUAAAAAGAUUCAUGGUUUAAAAGCUAUGAACCAGUCAGUGUGUUAGCUGAAAAAUAGUCUUACAGGUCUGCUCUAAAAAUACCUGGACUCUCGAGACGUUGGAGACAUGUGACUUCAGGUAAAUUGGUUUCGCGCAAAGGAGUUAGCAUAGCUUCAUCCAAACCACCUCACAUUUGAUUAUUUUCCCCAUCGUCGUUCAAUAUUCCUGUCAGUUGUUACCUCAUCAAGUCUGCGUCCUCCACUUUAACCUGUCAUGUGCAUUUUCCCUGGUCACACCACUCCUUUUCAUGUCCUUCUUUAUCCAUGAACCUCAUUGUAGAUGCCAAAACUGAUUUUUGUCAUCAACUUUUUAGCUGUACCGAUUAUGUUGUUGAUUAUGAAUAAUAAGUUCUUUUUUAAAUAAACGUCUUUGCUUUUCGCAUGAUAAA